UUUGACUAGCAGGAAAUCACUGAAAUCAGGACCACACUUGUUUUUUUUUAAAGAACAUUAUUUUUGAUUUUAUCGGACUAGCGGUAAUUCUUUCAUUGAAGAUUGAACUUCUAACUGUAACUAGUACGUUGUUUGAAAGGGGUUGCAAUAUCGAAAAAGUAAGAACAUUUGAGUUUCUGCAGGAGUUUGACACAUUUGUUUACAAGUUUUCAAUCUCCCCUUUAACCUUGAGUUAUUCCGUAUUUCUUUCAGUUGUUGAAAAUGAGUAAUCCCGAUGACCAAUAAUAUCAACAACAUUAUUAACAAUACAUCGAUUUCCCAUUAUUCUCUAUCAUUUGUAAAAUGGGUUUGAAACUAGAAUGCCUCCUCCUCGUACUACUCUACUUCUUGAGUGUUUUAGCAGUUGAAUCUAAUAUUGUGUGGUAUAGACCUGAACAAAUUCACAUUUCUUUUGGUCAAAAUAGAAGUGAUAUUGUGAUAACAUGGUCAACAUUCAAUGAUACAGAAGAGUCAGUUGUUGAGUAUGGUAUUGGAGGAUUAGUACUUCAAAAAACAGGUGAAUCUGAACUUUUUGUUGAUGGGGGAAAUGAGCAUCAUUCUCAAUACAUCCAUAAAGUUACUUUGAACGAUUUAAACCCGAAUAGUAGAUAUGUUUACCACUGUGGAAGUCAGCUUGGUUGGUCCAAUUUAUUUUGGUUUAAAACCCCACCAACAGAUGAAAAUUGGCAGCCGUACUUAGCAAUUUAUGGCGACAUGGGAAACGAAAAUGCUCAAUCUUUAGCCAGACUGCAGGAAGAAACUCAAAGAGGAAUGUAUGAUGCUAUUUUACAUGUGGGUGACUUUGCAUACGAUAUGAAUUCAGAAAAUGCAAAAGUAGGUGAUGAGUUUAUGAGACAAAUUGAAUCUGUUGCUGCAUAUGUACCUUAUAUGACUUGUCCAGGGAAUCAUGAGGAAAGCUAUAAUUUCAGCAACUACAGGAAGAGAUUCAAUAUGCCCAAUUCUGAUUUUCCGGCUUAUAGUUUCAACAUGGGGCCCUUACAUAUCAUAUCUUUAUCAACAGAAGUGUAUUAUUUUUUGAACUACGGUCUUAAACCCUUGGUAUUCCAGUACCAGUGGUUAGAAGACGAUCUUGCUAAAGCGAAUUUGCCUGAAAAUAGAGAAAAACAGCCCUGGAUAAUUGUAAUGGGACAUAGACCCAUGUACUGCAGCAACACAGAUAAUGAUGACUGUACCAAGAAUGAAACUUUGACAAGGGUCGGUUUGCCCUUUCUGAAGUUAUUUGGACUGGAAAAAUUAUUUUAUGAUUACGGAGUGGACAUAGAAAUUUGGGCUCAUGAACACUCCUAUGAAAGACUUUGGCCUAUUUUCGAUCAUAAAAUUUAUAAUGGCAGCUAUGAUGAGCCAUAUAAGAAUCCAAAAGCUCCUGUACAUAUUACGACUGGAUCUGCAGGUUGUAAAGAAGGGACUGAUAGAUUUGUUGAACCUAGGCCAGAAUGGUCAGCUUUUACCAGCAGUGAUUAUGGUUACACAAGAAUGAGAGCGUUCAACAAGACACAUAUCUAUUUUGAACAAGUGUCAGAUGAUAAAGAUGGUGCUAUAAUCGAUUAUUUCUGGGUUAUCAAAGAGAAACAUGGCUUUUAUCAGAAUUCUACUAUUAAUUGGGCUAAAAUUGAUGGAGUAAGGUUGAAAAGUUUCAACUGAUAGAGUUUUUAUCAAAAUAAACCCUUGAUUCAAAGAUUCAUCUGCUCAGAAUGAAAUUUAUAGUUAGUUUUAUUUCCAAUUAAUGAAAAAUAGUGUGAACAAUUAAUAAUCCAUUCAAAAUAAUCUGAGUAUUCUUAGUGAGUUCCACUAUGAUUUAAUCACAUAUCAGUUAUAGACUGUAAAUCUACCAAAUAUAUGACUGAACAAACUA